GCCCAACUCACCGCUGGCGUUGCGUCACUUCUAAAGAUUGAUGAAUUAGUUGGGUAAUUUUAAUCCUUGAAAACAGCCUAAAAUUCCCAAACCUCGAUUUAUCUAUCCGAACUUCUCUACAUAAAACCUUCAUCUCAUCAGAUGCAGCAUGAGGGCUCAAAUGCUGAACAAGACCUUGAAAGGCAGGGAAACAACAAUCACGAAGUUUCUGGUGUUGAGGACAAUCCCACUUUGCCUACCAUUGUGAUUUCUGACGGUGACUCUCAUCGCCACUCUUCUAAUGAUGAAUUGCCUCUGGUUUUAUCUCCCAAGAAGGGUUACUUGUCAAGAAGUGGCAGUUCUCAUGAACAAUGCAGAGUUUGUCAGCAGGACAAGGAAGAAGUUCUGAUAGAUCUUGGAUGCAAAUGCCGAGGUGGUCUUGCAAAAGCCCACCGUUCAUGCAUAGACACUUGGUUUCGCUCCAAGGGAUCAAACAAAUGCGAGAUUUGCCAAGAGGUUGCUGCAAAUGUACCUCCUCCAGAGACCCAGCCAGGUCAGACAAAUUACUUGGUAUGGAGUAUCGACCAAACCUUUCGAUCACAAAAUCGUGAAAGGGGAUGCUUUAGUCCACUUUGGGUGGCAUUCUCAAUCCUAAUUGGUGGUCUCCUAUUGGAUGUGCUGAUAUCAAUUACACUUGGUGUCUCUGCUCUGCCAGUCAAUAUUAUAAUAGGUGUCAUUGUUGUGCUUGGACUUGGGACUGCACUUCGUCUUGCCCUGGAAUUUUGCCAUGAGUGGAGUUUGAGGAGAGUUGUGCAAAGAGUAGAUACAAAUGUGAACCUGGGAUACCAUCCCGCUUUGUAGGUAAAUCUGUAUAUAAUGAAGUUUAGAACAAAAAAAUUGAAAUCUUGAUUUGUCCACA